GCGGGGCUCACGCUCAAAAUAGUCUUCACAGUGCGCUAAGAAGCAUGGCGUACCAGUGUCAGAGAGAAUGCUAUCGGCAGCAGUUUUCUACGACUGUUGUCUCCUGCAUCCCCACUGAGCAGAAACUAGAAGUCAAUGGCAGGAAAGAAACGGUCAAAGGAUUUCACGUGAUCUUCAAAGACACAAUCCUCUUUCCCGAAGGUGGCGGCCAGCCAGAUGAUCGAGGGGUAGUGAAUGACAUUCCCGUGCUGCGGGUCACACGCCAGGGAGCAGACGCACUUCAUUUUGUGACCUCACCGCUGCCGGAGGGAUGUGAAGCGCAUAUGAAAGUUGACUGGGAGCGCAGGUUUGACCACAUGCAGCAGCACUCAGGUCAACAUUUAAUAACAGCCAUAGCCGAUUUAGAGUUUGGAUACAAAACGACCUCCUGGGAACUGGGACGACAGCGUAGCGUCAUAGAGUUGGACACACCUGGGUUGAAACCAGAACAACUGGAAUUUCUGGAAAGAACAGUGAAUGAAAAGAUCAGGGCCAGCGUCCCUGUGAAUGUCAGAGAGGUGUCGGUGGACGAUCCCCUUGUGGAGCAGGUACGGAGUCGAGGAUUGCCAGAUGAUCAUGCCGGCCCAAUCCGGAUAAUUGAGAUUGAAGGAAUCGACUCUAACAUGUGCUGUGGGACACACGUUUCAAACCUUAGUCACUUGCAGGCCAUCAAGAUCCUUGGUGUGGAAAAGGGAAAGAAAAACAAGAGCAAUUUGAUUUUUAUUGCAGGCAACAGAAUCUUACAAUAUACGGACAAAUGCUUCAGUGUGGAAAAAGCCCUGAAUUCACUUCUAAAAACUGGCCCAGAAGAGCAUGUUGAGGCUGUAGACAAAAUUCAGAAGUCUGUAAAGAUGCUACAAAAGAGUAACCUUAACCUCCUGCGUGACUUGGCAGUGCUGACGGCCCAGGCCUUUAAAAGUGAUCCAAAGAGAGGCAAGCUGUUCACUCUGCACCGGAAAGAUGGAGACAAUGAAUUCAUGAAUAUUAUAGCAAAUGAGAUCGGCACAGAGGAAACGCUAAUAUUUUUGACUGUUGGAGAUGAAAAAGCGGCAGGGCUGUUUUUGCUGGCAGGCCCAGUUGAAAUGGUCGAAUCUCUGGGCCCACGAGUGUCUGAGAUGUUGGAAGGAAAGGGAGCUGGGAAGAAUGGGAGAUACCAGGGAAGAGCAAACCGAAUGAGCCGGAGGUCAGAGGUCACAGCACUCCUGCAGGAAUCCUUGGAGCUGCACAGCCAACAGGAGGAGUGAAGAACAGCAGGACUUGGACCAGAAGGCAUCCGGACAUGGCGGGUGGGCUCUCAGUUCACAAUACAGCUUGUCUUUAUGACUGAACUAAUAAAGGCGGAUUUAAAAUAAA